CCAUUUAAAGCAAACUGCCCUUAUCAUAACUGCAUGCAUCCACAGAAACUCAUUUUGGUUACGUAAAACUGGAAACAUACUUCAGUUCUUUACAUCUGAUAUCACACUAAAGACCAAGUCUGCUUUGAUGUUCUAGCUCCAGGACGAAGCUGAGACAUUAAAGGCUGUGAAAACUAUGGAAGAGACCAAACAGCAAAAUUCAUCAGUGAACAAUGAAUCUUCAGCAGCAUUUUGCAAUAAAAGGCCUAUUAAGGAACAAAGUGUUAAUAGUGCUGGAAAUACAGUUCUCAGUGCACAAGGAUGCAGUACAAUGGGUGGAGCUUCACCACAAGAUAAAGAAGGUGAAGGAGCCCCUUACAGCACAGCAGUCUCAGAAGCUACACUAACCACAAAGCAACUGUUGCAGCACUGGAAUGCUGUGAAUAAGAAGGUGAAGCCAAUCCGACUGCUGUUUGAAAUUCCAGAAACUAGAACUGUCGAAGAUCAGGGCUCCAAAUAUGUGGUGUAUAAAGUGGUGGUGAUAAAGUCUGGCACCUAUGAUGGCAGCCAAGCUUAUGUUGAACGUCGAUAUUCAGACUUUGAAAAAUUACAUAAAAACAUCUUGAAAAAUUUUAAAGAAGAGAUAGAAGAAAUUAUAUUCCCAAAGAAAAUCGUGGCCAGGAACUUCAUGCAGGAGAAGAUCAUUGAACGCAAAUUGGCAUUCAUGGACUACUUACGACAGUUGUACGCAAUCAAAGACAUCCGUGAAUCAGAUGAAUUUAUUGAGUUCUUCUUCCUACCAGAGGUGCAAGAAGGAUACAGCUGCCUUAGAAGUGGGCAGUAUACCAGUGCUUUGAAUUGUCUUCUGAAUGUACUUAGCUUGCAGGAAAAACUGUGUAUGCGUUACUAUGAUCGGCUUGUUCUUACACUCAGCGCUAUCAGUGUGUGCUGCAGAGAUUUGGGUAAUAUAGAGGGUGCCUACCAAUUCUGUGAGAAAAGUGGAAUUAUUUUGCACAGCUACAGUCGCCACAAGUACCUUAUUCCUUUGUUGAAGUUUCAGCUAACUCUAGGUAAUGAGCUGGGCAAGAACAUGAGGCACCUUCAGCAAAAGGUGACUGAAUUAGAGGAACUACAUGGCUGCCAAAGCAACCUGCCUUCACUGAAAGAGCUAGUGGUUCAGGAAUACAUACAAUAAGGCUUAAGUCCCCAGAUCCCAAAUAAAUUGUUUUUGGACAGUUAACUAAAUUGCUAAAAAGGUUAUUGCCGCAUUUUUGCUAAAAUAUUUUCUGUGCAUUUUUUGAAAUCCUACUAGGUGCAGUCAAUGCUAUCAAAUAAAGGUAAUUUUCCAAUAAAAACCUUGAUAAUUAAUUUUCUCUCCACUCUCCCAUGUGUAUAGAUACAUACAAAGAGGUCUAAGAUCAUCUGAAAACUGUAGGGUGCAUUAACCAUAAAAUCUGCAGCUUCUCCAUACAAGGUCUGUCUUGUGGAUGAUUGAUAACCCAGAUUCUAGGCUUCGUGGUUUAAAAGAAAUAUAAAUUGAGCUCCCUAAUUUUUUCCAUGGGCAAUUAAAUAAUACUGAUCCUGUUUGGAUUUGCAACAAAGAAUUGCAAGCAUUGGACGUUUGAUUGAAACAUAGCCUUUGAAUAAGAAAAUUAAUCAUUAAACCAAAUAUAUUAACAAUGA